GUAAGGGGAAGUCGAAUGUAUUUUACUUGCGCGUUUCAAUGCAUACGCGACACUAAUAUCCUUGCAAAGGAAUGUAGCCGCAAUAUCGAUUUAGGGGAAGAUCUGUGAUUAAAACAAGAUCUCGGUACUGCACUUCCUCUUCUUUGACUACCAUGGAAAGCCUUUUCUACUGUAAACGGCAUGAUCACCUCUUCCGUGUUCAACUGGCCUGAAAACACAACAAUUCAAAUAUAGUAUCGCAGAUAAUAAGAGUGUGGACAAUUAGCAAUUCACUCAGACUCACUGUUGCAAAUUUCUCUUAGUUUGCUGUGUAAAAAAUUGUUUCUGGAAAAGCUCACUGUCCACCUUAGUGGUAUCAGGUCAUAGCAUAGGUUCCUGACAAAUUAAAAACAUGUUUUCGGCCUUGAAGAAACUGGUGGGAUCUGAGCCAGGCCAGUUGAAGGACAAGAACAUUCCUGCUGGCCUGCAGUCCAUGAACCAAAGUCUGCAAAGACGCUUCGCUAAAGGGGUCCAGUACAAUAUGAAAAUCGUCAUCCGCGGCGAUAGGAACACUGGAAAGAGUACUUUAUGGUAUCGACUGCAGGGCAAGAAGUUUGUGGAAGCGUACAUUCCCACCCAGGAGAUCCAAGCCACAAGUAUCCAUUGGAAUUACAAAACUACUGACGAUGUGGUCAAGGUAGAGGUGUGGGACGUGGUUGACAAAGGCAAAGGGAAAAAGCGUGGCGAUAAUUUGAAACUAGAGAAUGAACCACAAGAGUCAGACGAGGUAGCCCUUGAUGCAGAGUUUCUAGAUGUGUACAAGAACUGCAAUGGCGUUAUCAUGAUGUUUGAUAUUACCAAGCAGUGGACUUUUAACUACAUUUUAAGGGAACUUCCCAAAGUUCCCACUCAUGUACCAGUGUGUGUGCUGGGAAACCACAGAGACAUGGGUGAGCAUCGGGUCAUCCUGCCUGAUGACAUCAGGGAGCUAAUCGCUGGACUAAACAGACCAAUGGGAUCGUCUUACAUCCACUAUGCUGAAUCUUCUAUGAAGAAUGGCUUUGGCUUAAAAUACCUUCACAGAUUUUUUAACAUCCCCUUCCUACAACUCCAGAUGUUAUGCAUUGUGAUUUUGUAUUUGCAGAGAGAAACCCUUCUGAGGCAACUUGAGACAAACCAGUUGGACAUGGAUGCCACCCUAGAAGAACUUUGUGUACAGCAAGAGACAGAAGAUCAAAAUUAUGACAUUUUCCUGGAGAACUUAGAAUCCCGCAGUAAGGGCUAUGGCUCACCUGCUCCACCAAACGGUCAGAGUCCUUCCUCAGGGUCCCAGUCCCCCAUUGUUCCUCCGAGUAGAGCCUCCACGGGAAGCUCCAGUCCAAGCACACCUCAACCCCCAAUUCCCUCACAGACACUCCCACAGUCCCCCUCUGUGUCAGCUCACGCUCCUCCAGCUCUCGCUGCCGCUAUUGGCAGAUCAACCUUGCCUUCUGUGGAAUUAAAGUCUUCAGCUCAAUCCCCAGAGCACAUCCAGUCCUCUGCCACACCCGUACCAGCCCCCCAGAAACGCAGCUUCAUGUCUCGAUGGUUUGGUUCAUCACCUGUCCCAGAGACUUCUGUUAGUGCAUCGGAUGACUUGCCUGCACCAGUGUGUCCUACUUUUGUACAAAGUGUGGAUGACUUUGUGCCAGAUGAUAGACUGGACAAGAAUUUCCUAGAGGACAGUUUGCCCUUAAAGACAAAAGUGCCUCAAUCAGUCAUGGACAGCGACAGUGAUUUUGAAGACAGGGGAAACCCAAUGGUGUCUGGUUUCCAGGAUGAGCUUGAUCUUGAUGACACAGAGCCCAAUCUUCCAGAGCCUAAAAUUCUGCCUACCAGCAAAGACAUCACUUCGACCAGUGAUGAAGAGGAGCAGACGCUUCCUUCUGUGCAAAAGGACCAGGACCUGGACAGUGAACCUGAACUGAAAACCUACAUCACAAAACCAAAAGUGGCAUCUCAAGAGUCAAAGGCCAGUGACCAGUCCUCAGCUCGCAUCUUUCUAACUUUAGUUCCAGCAGAAGAGCAGCCAACCCAGCACCAAGGAAAAAAGAAAGUCUCACUCAUGGCUGGAGAUUCUGAGAGCGAACCUGAGACCCCCACGGCACAACAGAUGCUUUCUUUUGUUAUGGAUGAUCCUGACUUUGAGUCUGAAGGAUCAGGCACACCAAAAACAGCAAAGAGUACAUUCCCUGCCAUGGAUGAACUUCUAUCUGACCUCUCAGACGAUGAAGUGCAGUCAGCCAAGGUGCCUAAAACUGUGAAUCCCACUGUGAUCUCCUUUAAACAAAAGGAUGUGACUGACCUUUUUGGCUUGGGUAUACAAGAAGAACCCGCACCAACCAAAGACAGCAGCGACGAGCAAGAAGUGUACACAGGAGGACCUAUGCUGGGCGAAGUAACUACUUCAGAAUUGCCCAGAUACUGGUGACCGGUGUUGGAGGUAGUGGGAGAAGAGCUCCGUUCUCCUCCCCGCACGCACCAAACCACCUCCCCACCCGAUCCACCUGUGCGUUGAGGCUGACGCCGGUGGACGGCGUACAACAACGCAGAGCCGCCAGCAGCCAACAACAGCAACUCCAGCCCGCACACAUCGAUGCUUUGAGCACCCUUGUCUUACGUACUUUAUGAAGUUAUUAUGAAGCGGAUCUUUUGUUACGUUCUGUUAUUAUUGCUGCUUUUGGAGAUGUUUUUCGAGUUUGGUGACUGUUCGUCUAGUACGCUCGUGUUACGCGCUACUAAACUGUCUUUGUACUCUAUUUUAUGAUUGUUUUGUGUUGUAUUGUGUGUGAUAAAAUUGUCUUAAACGCAAUACAAGUACUUGGUUAUAUUUUGCCGGUUUGACCAAGGGGAUUUAUUCUAGAUUCACAAAUAACCUAUGCUAUAAACAGACAAUUUAUUCCCCCACAACUAAUAUUUUUUUAAUAGCUCGACACACACCUACCUGUCAUUUAGAACCCACAAAGCUCUCGUCUUAUGCACCUGUGCAAUCCAUUUUUCAUGACAAACCGUGUGUUUUGGAAAAGUGUGAAGAGUGAAUCCAUUCUCCCGAGUGUUUGAGCAAAAUCCAGCAAUUUAACGAACUGGCAUUUUAGCUAACAUGAUGAAAAAAAGCAAGUAAUUUUUCACUCGUACAGUAGGUAUAAACCAAUAUAAACACUCGACCCUGCUACUGCAAAAAAAAAGUCAUUUCCUGGUUCUUCUCCAACACAAUUGCCUCGAGAGGAUUUUCAUGGUGGGAGAUGCAAAAAUCCAUAUAAGACAACAUCCUGACGUGUGGUGAAAAAAUGGAUGGCUCCAUUCUGGCUGACUUUUUUUUAAUUAAAACCAUACAAAAAAUUAUGCUUUACUUGUCAGUUGACUUUUAAGAAAACAAAAGAAGGUUUUGAAGUGGCCUAAAUAAAGUGCAGACUUGAAGCCGAUUCAAUUUAGUGGCAAAAAAGUUGUUCUUGCUCAUCAAAAACCCUAGAUUUCUGCUGAAAUCAAACAAUUCUGCAAGGAAGAGGGGGCCAAAAUAUCUCCACAGAGUUGUAAAAGAGAGUUUGCGAAUACAGUGGUACCUCUACUUAUGAAAUUAAUCUGUUCCCGAAGUCGUUGUGUAAUGUGAAACCUUCGUAAGUAGAAACACAUUUUACAUGUAAAUAGGCAAAUCCGUUACAAGCCCCCUGAACCCACCACCGCGAAAAAUAAGCAUUCAAAGUGUACAUAAUGUAAAGAAUAAUACAAAAUGAUGUUCAUUUACCUUAAAAAAUAAACAUUCAAAGUGUAAAUGAUGUAUAGAACAAAAAUUUAUUUCAUUUACCUUUGUUGUUGAGCAACGAUGCGAAGAGUAGGGUGCGUGACGAGGCAUCAUGGGUGACAGAGAGUAGGAGGCACGCACAGAACUUAAUUCUUCUAAAAUAAUAAAUUCCACAAACUAUGAAUUCAAAACAAACAUUAACAUUAAUUUUAAAUUUUUCCUGAAAUAUCAAUCCAAGGAUGUUUGCCUUUGACGGCUUUUAAUAAUCGUGGGGAAAUGUACAAGGCAAGUGUCAUCAAAGUGAGCGGCAGCCCAAUUAGUUAACACAUUUUCCAGAUGAUUUGGAAAUAUCAUGGAAUUUCAUCAACACUUAUAUAUUCUGUCUGAUGGAAUAGUUGAUGCCUCCUCUAUGCUGCAAACUGCUCCUGCAUUGUUGUGUGUUGCAUCGCCUCGAGCUCUUUUCGCUUCUCUGUCAAAAGAUUGUCAUGGUUCUCCUGAACCAACUCAUCAAUGUCCUCCUCAGCCUUUCCCAGCAAAACAGUUUCCUCAACUUCAUGUUCAACCUCCAUUUCGAACCUCUCAAGUCGACCAGCAGCAGCAUGAAGCCACAUGCACACCUCUUUUUCAUAUUUCGCAACGAUUUCUUGUUUUGUUUUGAUGGACAAAACAACUCUCACUUUCUUCUCACUGGUACUGGCCAUCAAUUUCUUGGGGCCCAUGGUGAAAAAAGAUUAAUAAAUCCACCAAGAUGUUGUACAGUACGAGUGUGUGCGAGCGUAUGACAAUGGAUUCGGUGACGCAGAUACAGAAAGUGCGUCACGGGUAAAGAUUGAUGUGCCAAACAAAAAAAAGAUUGACGUCACUCUCAGGCAAUGGAUGGAUGUGAUGCCAGGAAGAUGCUACGUGAUAGCUCUAUUGCGCCACACAUACCAAGAGACAGGAUGUGCAUCAUGGCUAAAGAUAGACAUCUCUCUUAGCUAAUGAGAUGCCAGUAAGAUGCUCCAGCAGUGGCCAAUGGGAGAGGAGCUCUAUCGCGCUGUUUUCAAACCAAGCUACAGUACAGGAUGUAUACAUUUGGUGGAAUUCAGUGCCAUUUUUUUCCUUUCGUAACCUGAAUUUCUUUCGUAACGAGAGGCAAAAAUUUUCCGGGGAGGCCUUUUGUAACCUGAAUGUUUCAUUCGUACAGAUUUUUGUAAGUAGAGGUACCACUGUCAUAGAAAACACUUGAUUUGAUUUGUUGCUGCUAAGGAUGGCCCAACCAGUUAUAAGCUGUAGGGGGUCAUUACUUUUUCACACAGGAGCAGGUAACUUUGAUUGUUUUAUUUUCCUUAAUAAUUGAAAUCUCCAUUGAAAAAAAUAAAAUAAAAUAUGUUUGCUAGGGUUAUAUUACUAUUAUAUUAUUAUUAUAUUACAUUUCUUUGUUUAUCUCAAACAUUAAAGUGCGGAAACUGCAAAAAUCUUGGAAUUUGAGAAGGGGGGCAAUACUUUUUCAAGGUACUGUACUUCUAUUUGGUCAGUUUGAUGCUGCCAUAGGUUGGUUCGGUUGUUCGUUUAAUCUCAAUGUAAGCACUUGUUCACAGCAGUACUACCCAUACAUCACACAACUAAUGUGCAGUAUGUAU